AGGGAGGGAGAAUUGAUCUUCGAUCGCGAAGAUGGCUGCUGGCUGCCUGCUGGCCUUGACUCUGACACUUUUCCAAUCUUUGCUGAUCUGCCCCUCGUCGGAAGAGCCGUUUCCUUCGGCCGUCACCAUCAAAUCAUGGGUGGACAAGAUGCAAGAGGACCUUGUUACACUGGCAAAAACAGCAAGUGGAGUCAAUCAGCUUGUUGAUAUUUAUGAGAAAUACCAAGAUUUGUAUACGGUUGAGCCCAAUAAUGCACGUCAGCUGGUGGAAAUUGCAGCAAGGGAUAUUGAGAAACUUCUGAGCAACAGAUCUAAGGCCCUGGUGCGCCUGGCUGGGGAAGCAGAGAGAGUUCAAGCCGCCCACCAGUGGAGGGAGGAUUUUGCAAGCAGUGAAGUUGUCUACUACAACGCAAAAGAUGAUCUUGAUCCUGAAAAAAAUGACAGUGAGCCAGGAAGCCAAAGGAUAAAACCUGUUUUUAUCGAAGAUGCUAAUUUUGGACGACAAAUAUCUUAUCAACACGCAGCAGUGCAUAUUCCCACCGACAUCUAUGAGGGCUCAACGAUUGUGUUAAAUGAACUCAACUGGACAAGUGCCUUAGAUGAAGUUUUCAAAAAAAAUAGAGAGGAAGAUCCUUCAUUGUUGUGGCAGGUGUUUGGCAGUGCCACAGGCUUGGCCAGGUAUUAUCCAGCUUCUCCAUGGGUUGACAAUAGUAGGACUCCAAAUAAGAUUGACCUGUAUGAUGUACGCAGAAGACCAUGGUACAUUCAAGGAGCUGCAUCUCCUAAAGACAUGCUUAUCCUGGUUGAUGUGAGUGGAAGUGUUAGUGGACUGACUCUGAAAUUGAUCCGAACCUCUGUCUCUGAAAUGUUGGAAACCCUCUCAGAUGAUGAUUUCGUGAAUGUGGCUUCAUUUAACAGCAAUGCCCAAGAUGUGAGCUGUUUUGAACACCUUGUUCAAGCAAAUGUAAGAAAUAAGAAAGUACUGAAAGAUGCAGUGAACAACAUCACAGCAAAAGGAAUCACAGAUUAUAAGAAAGGCUUUAGUUUUGCUUUUGAACAGCUGCUAAAUUAUAAUGUUUCUAGAGCCAACUGUAAUAAAAUCAUUAUGUUAUUCACGGAUGGUGGAGAAGAGAAAGCCCAGGAGAUAUUUUCCAAAUAUAACAAAGAGAAAAAAGUACGUGUAUUCACAUUCUCAGUUGGUCAACAUAACUAUGACAGAGGACCUAUUCAGUGGAUGGCUUGUGAAAAUAAAGGGUAUUAUUAUGAAAUUCCUUCAAUUGGAGCUAUAAGAAUCAAUACUCAGGAAUAUUUGGAUGUUCUGGGAAGACCGAUGGUUUUAGCAGGAGACAAAGCUAAGCAAGUCCAAUGGACAAAUGUAUACCUGGAUGCAUUGGAACUCGGACUUGUCAUUACUGGAACUCUUCCUGUCUUCAACGUAACUGGCCAAGAUAAAGGAAACAUAAAGAACCAGCUGAUUCUUGGUGUGAUGGGAGUCGAUGUGUCUCUGGAAGACAUUAAAAGACUGACACCACGUUUUACACUAUGCCCCAAUGGCUAUUAUUUUGCAAUUGAUCCUAAUGGUUAUGUUUUAUUACAUCCAAAUCUUCAGCCAAAGAAUCCCAAAUCUCAGGAGCCAGUAACACUGGAUUUCCUUGAUGCAGAAUUAGAGAAUGACAUUAAAGUGAAGAUUCGAAAGAAAAUGAUAGAUGGAGAAAGUGGAGAGAAAACAUUCAGAACCCUGGUUAAAUCUCAAGAUGAGAGGUACAUUGACAAAGGAAAUAGAACGUACACGUGGACUCCUGUUAAUGGCACAGAUUACAGUUUGGCCUUGGUAUUACCAACCUACAGUUUUUACUAUAUAAAAGCCAAAAUAGAAGAGACAAUAACUCAGGCCAGAUCAAAAAAGGGCAAAAUGAAGGACUCAGAAACCCUGAAGCCAGAUAAUUUUGAAGAAUCUGGUUAUACAUUCAUAGCACCAAGAGAUUACUGCAAUGACAUUAAAAUAUCGGAUAACAACACUGAAUUUCUUUUAAAUUUCAAUGAGUUCAUUGAUAGAAAAACUCCAAAUAACCCAUCAUGUAACACAGAUUUGAUUAAUAGAAUCUUGCUGGAUGCAGGUUUUACAAAUGAACUUGUCCAGAAUUAUUGGAGUAAGCAGAAAAACAUCAAGGGAGUGAAAGCGCGAUUUGUUGUGACUGAUGGUGGGAUUACCAGAGUGUAUCCCAAAGAAGCUGGAGAAAAUUGGCAAGAGAACCCAGAGACAUAUGAGGACAGCUUCUAUAAAAGAAGUCUGGAUAAUGAUAACUAUGUUUUCACUGCUCCCUACUUUAACAAAAGUGGACCUGGUGCCUAUGAAUCAGGCAUUAUGGUAAGCAAAGCUGUAGAAAUAUAUAUCCAGGGAAAACUUCUUAAACCUGCAGUUGUUGGAAUUAAAAUUGAUGUAAAUUCCUGGAUAGAGAAUUUUACCAAAACUUCAAUCAGAGAUCCGUGUGCUGGCCCCGUUUGUGACUGCAAAAGAAAUAGUGAUGUAAUGGAUUGUGUGAUUUUAGAUGAUGGUGGAUUUCUAUUAAUGGCAAAUCAUGAUGAUUAUACUAACCAGAUUGGAAGAUUUUUUGGAGAGAUUGAUCCAAGCUUGAUGAGACACCUUGUUAAUAUAUCGGUAUAUGCUUUUAACAAAUCUUACGAUUAUCAGUCGGUGUGUGAGCCUGGUGCUGCACCCAAACAAGGAGCAGGGCAUCGCUCAGCAUAUGUGCCAUCAAUAGCAGAUAUAUUACACAUUGGCUGGUGGGCUACUGCUGCUGCCUGGUCUAUUCUACAGCAAUUUCUCUUAAGUUUGACUUUUCCACGACUCCUAGAGGCAGUUGAGAUGGAGGACGAUGACUUCACAGCUUCCCUGUCAAAGCAGAGCUGCAUUACUGAGCAAACACAGUAUUUCUUUGAUAAUGAUAGCAAAUCAUUCAGUGGUGUGUUAGACUGUGGAAACUGUUCCAGAAUCUUUCAUGUAGAAAAACUUAUGAACACCAACUUGAUAUUCAUAAUGGUUGAGAGUAAAGGAACAUGUCCCUGUGACACGCGAUUGCUCAUACAAGCAGAGCAGACUUCUGAUGGUCCAAAUCCUUGUGAUAUGGUUAAGCAACCUAGAUACCGAAAAGGCCCGGAUGUCUGCUUUGAUAACAAUGACCUGGAGGAUUAUGCUGACUGUGGGGGUGUUUCUGGAUUAAAUCCCUCUCUGUGGUGUAUCAUCGGAAUCCAAUGUGCACUGCUUUGGCUGGUAUCUGGUAGCAGACAUUGCCAGUUAUGACCAUCUAAAACCAAAAUCUGCAUAAUUCAACUCCAGACUCUGCCAAAACAUGAGCCC